AUGGCAAACGUCAGCUGGAAAAGGAAAGAAUGUACGGAUAAAGAAGAUGUACAUCUAAUAAAUAUCGACAAGUUUAUCAAGGAAAAGAAUAAGGUGUAUAGGGGCUUAGAUAGCCGUACCGCAUUUGAAAAGCUUUAUAAUGAAUUACAGCUACAAUGCAAAUUGUAUAUAACAAAGUUGGAUUCCCAAAGCUGGCGCAGUUUAAUCUUAAGUCUGAGUAGAAAUCGACAUUCAUCUUUGUCGAUAAUAUCUGUUGGACUUCUUAUCGUUGCCAUUUGCAUGCUCGUCUUAGCGUCUAUAUUCAGUAGUACUGUGAACCAUGUCGUAGAAAUACUUAUUUUGACCAUGUUUGGUGUUGUCAAUGUUUAUAUUGCUAUUAAAGAGGAAAAAUUACGAAGAACUGAAAGAGCUCGGCGCAUGCUAGAUAUUCUUAGCGAAAACUUCGGUGACGAGGGCAAAUCAUUCCGUGGAGACAUCUCAUAUAUCAGUAAAGACCGCCCUAUUAAUCAUUCAUUCAAAAUGGUUUGGGCUUAUCGUGAUGGAAAUAUUGUUAAUUUACCCCAAAAUUUGCUCGUAGAAGAGGACGUAAUCUUAUUGGCGCCUGGACAAACAGCCCCAAUCAAAGUUUGUAAGCUUGAUUCAUCCUGGAAGAAAUCUGCAUGUGUUCUCGAUGCAGACCAAACGUUUACUUUAUUGGAAAAUGCACCUGAUAUAGGUGGUGAAUGUCUAGACUUUCGUGGAAAUUUCCUAGUUCUGGAAUCAUUUCUUGCAAAUCUCUCAAGAGAUGAAUUGCUUGAUGUCGACAAGAAACCUGUUUCUCCCGUGGAAAAUGGUCAAUAUUGGAUUAUACAAGAAGCUAUGUUUAAAUAUAUUGUACCUCUACUGUCGUGCGCUUCAAUAUUAUGCAAUGCUCUAAGAUUGAUCUUAAUUCCUGAUGAUGUCGGUCCGUGGUGGCAUGUAAUGUUAACAUUGCAGGUGUACGUAAUCAUACCAUACUUGCCAUUAUUUUAUCCCAUCUUUUGGACUGUGGGUAAUAUAUACGGCGUUGCUAAAGUAUUGAAUACAUUAAACAAUCCGGAGGAUGUAGAGUGGAAAGUGGUAUUUCGUACGUUUUGGGAAAUAGUUCAAGGAUCGAGUCAAUUUCUGCCUAGAUCAUGCAAUAUUGUUCAUCUCUUGGGAAGAGUCACAUCCUUCUGUUGCAUGGAUCAACAGUCGCUUUUAUCACCUCCCAAUCCUUCUGUUAGUAAAGUUGUAUUUCCUGAUCCUGACAACGACCGUCAAAUAGAAGAGCGAAUUUCAGUUAAUACUUUCAAUUCAGUGCAAACUUACACAAACUACCGUAAUUCUUUAGAUGGAAGUAAAGUUUCUUCACAAUAUUCGGAAUCGGCUACAAAUGAAAACCCAGAUAUCGAAAUGAAAGAUGCCAAUGUUAUAAGUCAUGUAAAAGUGCUAGAUUUAUCCAUAGAUUCACAGGGAUUAAAUGCCUUGGUCACAAUAUCCAAUCUAUCAAAUCAUAAUAAAUUGAACAUUCCUGAUAAGGCUUUUGGCAUCAAAACUUCACUGCCUAUCACGAUUUAUGAAUGGAGCUUAAGGCAGCUAAGUUUGGCAAUAGGAUUCUCUGAGGGUGCCAAGAAGGCGUUUAAGCAAUAUGUAGAAAUUUACUAUAUUGAUAAAGUGCAAAAGUAUGUUAAACCUUUAAAACGAUGUCGAGUGCCGUAUAUGUUGUCCGCAUGUUUAAUAGAAGAAAGCAUUGGAAAUGUACAAAUGUUCAGUCAGGGUGGUGCUACCAUCACUCUUGAUCGGUGCUCCGAAUAUUGGACAGGCAGUGGUAUCUGUAAAUUGCCUGUAAAUAGUGGGCUUCGAAAAGCAAUUCUGGAUGUUUUCAGACGUAAUAAUUCUACGGGAUAUUGCCUAAUUCUUGCUUACAAGCCAAUUGUCGAAUCUAGCAGUGAUGCAUCUACCGAUCAUCUGAGUAAUAAGAAAUUAGUAGGUUCUGAUGAAGAGGCAGUUCUGAGGUUGUUAGAAUCGCAAAUUUUUAUUGGUAUGCUAUGCUUUGAGCACGAAGUGAGACAGAAUGUGGUUUCGUUGAUUGAGCACCUUGAUCAUGCUGGUAUAAGAUUUGUAUUAUUUUCAUCCGAGAAUGAAAUAAAGAGUAGGGCAUUUUCGAAAAAGCUUGGUCUCGAAACGGGAUGGAAUUGCCAUAUUUCACUUAUGGAGCCGGAAAAUAAUCUUCGUAAAAGGACUGAUACAAACUGUGGCAUUGACUUAGAUGAUAGUAAUUUAGAUAACGAUGAAUUUGAAGCUACACAUGAAUAUCACACUUCUACGGCGGCCAAAUUACCUUGUGGUACUGCUGCAAUUCGACCACAUCUGGAAACCGUCGACGAUGUACCGUUAUUGGUGCCACUAUUUACGGAUUGCACUCAUGAAGCUUCAUUAGAAAUGAUCACGAUCAUGCAAGAAUACAAUGAAAUAACGUGUUGUGUAGGAAGUUCCAUGAACUGUGAAAAUUCCAAAUUAUUUUCCAGAUCUGAUAUUAGCAUAGCUGUAAAUCCUGAAUUUCCAAAGCAUUGCGAGAAUAUAUCUGACGAAGAUCGAGAUCAUUCCGUUAGCUAUGAAGGCAAAACACCCUUGGUGAUAAGCUCUUUACUGAAUACUUUUUGCUGUCCAUUGUUGUAUGAUUGUAAUAAUUAUGUGGAAGUGAUUGAAGUCAUGAAGGAGGCCAGAAUUUUGUGUUAUGGUCUCCAUUCUUGCUGUCUGUUUCUGGUUUCUUGCCAAAUCUCUUUAUCGCUAUUGUUGUUGCUAAGCUCAUUCUUACUAAUGCCACCCCCAUUAGCCGGAUAUCACAUUUUAUGGUUUACUUGCGCUAUCAUCCCACUUAUCGGAACUCCGUUGAUAUUAUCACGCAGCUCCCAUGAUAUGAUGUCGCUAAUGACCGGAAAAAAUAACCAGCAUCGCAAGAAUAAGAAGAUGAAAGCUAUGUACCUGCUAUUGAGAUUUGUCCCAUCGGUGAUAGUCUCCCUUAUAUGCUAUUAUCUCACAUUAAAUUUUAAUUGUAAUAAAAACAGUGGUGGUGAGUGCCACUUUUUGUUAGGGAAUAGAAAUAAAUCUGGUAAUGGUUCAUGGAAUGGAUGGUUGACGACCAAUCAUCGGGAGCUUACUAUUGCUCAAAAUCAAACGUUUGCACUCAUGUGUAUCUAUUUCGGCCAGAAGAUUAAUCAUAUCUAUAAGAACAACGUUGGUGCUGCUGCUUACCUUUAUAUACAGUCACAAUUUGCCAUGAAUGUAUUACUAAGAUAUGUAGAACUGGAAUCAAAGCGUACUAUUGAAUUUGGUGGCCUAUGCUAA